CAACUUUGCACACCGCACCUAAGCUUUUGAGCAGUACGAUAAAUCCCCAUGCAUCCGUGUGCACUAUUUUGCACACCGAACCGAACCUCUGUAGCACUACGAUAAAUAGCCACCCUGGAAAUCCUUUGUCUUGUCCUCAUAUUUUUCCUAUUUUCGAUAUGUUGGUUAGCGCCGGAAGAAACAAUAUUCCCCCGAAAUCAGGCGCAUAUAUGUCUUAUGUAGAAGUGGCCUGCGGAAUUUUAAGUAUUGCAAGUUAACUGCACCGUCACCCCCGCGCUUGGUAUCGCCCGAUCGCUAACAGGACACAAUCCCGGGGAUCCCUGGAUAAGUGGAAAUGGCGGGUAACGUUACCCAGUUCCCAGGGUUGGAUCGCUUCUGUGGAUCAACGUUUUGGGACCAUAACCUGUUGGAGUCGGUGGAUCCGGAUCUGACACCAUGUUUCCAGAAGACAGUGCUGGUGUGGAUCCCCUGCUUUUUCUUGUGUGCGGUUGCCCCCCUGCACUAUAUGUACCUGCGCAAACAUGACAGAGGAUACCAACAGAUUUCCAACAUGAACAAAGCCAAAACUGCCCUGGCCGUCCUGCUAGUGCUGGUAACCUUACUUGACCUGUGCUGGUCCAUUUGGGAGUACACCGUUGGUAUCAAUGUGCCCCUCGUCAACUUUGUGUCUCCUGUACUUCUGGCCUUGUCUAUGGGCCUGGCUGGGUUCUUUAUCCAGUAUGAGAGACUGAAGGGCAGACAGUCGUCAGGUGUCCUUUUCUUGUUUUGGCUGCUGGCCACUCUGUGUGGCAUCGUGACAUUCCGCUCUAACAUCAGGGUAGCAUUGCUGGAGGGAGGUGUGAGUGACACGUUCAGGUUCGUGACGUUCUACGUGUACUACUCCCUGGUACUGACUCAGCUCAUCCUGUCAGCCUUUACUGAACGAGCGCUGCUCUUCUCCCCGGCCAACCCUGAACCCUCCCCAGAGGAGUCAUGUUCCUUCCUGUCCAAAAUAACCUUCUGGUGGUUUAAUCCGUUGGUGAUACUGGGGUACAAACGUGCUCUAGAGAGAGCUGAUCUGUACUCACUUAACUAUGUGGACAGGUCGGAUCAUGUUGUUCCUGUCUUCGAAAAAGAAUGGCAAAAGGAAAGACAAAAAAGCCACAAGUUUGAGAGUCAAGAUGCCAAUGUGAUCUACAACAAAGCUCAAGGAGUCGGGAAGGACAAAUCCGACCAGAUAAAUGGCAAAAGAGAAGUGGAGAUAGUAGAGGGAUCAGAGAACUCGAAGAAGUGUAACCCGUCCCUUUUCAAAGCCCUGGUCAGAUGUUUCUGGCCCCUGUUUGCACUCAGCGCUGUAUACAGGCUGAUACAGGACAUUCUCGUAUUUGUCAGUCCACAACUCUUGAAAUUGUUGAUUUCCUUCACAGAGGACAAAGGGAUAUUUCCGUGGAAAGGCUACUUGUAUGCUGUUCUACUAUUGGUUGUGGCGAUUAUCCAAUCAUUGGUGUUGGGACAGUAUUUCCAUAAAUGCUUCACCAUGGGCAUGCGACUCAGAACUGUCAUCAUAUCUGCUGUCUACAAGAAGUCUCUGGCGGUUACCAACGACGCUCGCAAAUCCUCAUCCGUUGGCCAAAUCGUCAACCUGAUGUCAGUGGAUGCCCAGCGUCUCGCGGACGUGAGCACACAGCUCCACAUGAUCUGGUCGGCGCCGUUCCAGAUCGCCGUGUCGCUGUACUUCCUGUGGCAGACCCUCGGACCGUCAAUCAUGGCCGGACUGGGCGUGAUGAUCUUACUCAUCCCGAUCAACGCUGUCAUAGCAAACAAAACCAGACAACUCCAGGUCAAACAAAUGAAGAAAAAAGACGCUCGAAUCAAGCUGAUGAACGAGGUGCUAAACGGCAUCAAGGUGCUGAAGCUGUACGCCUGGGAGCUGUCCUUCAAGGAGAAAAUCGAGAAGAUCAGAUCAAAGGAGCUGCAGAUCCUCCGGAACGCCGCGUUCCUGAAUGCUGGAGCAGCCUUCACGUGGGCCUGUGCACCUGUCUUGGUGUCCCUGACAACAUUUGCGGUUUAUGUGAUGGUAGAUGAGAGGAACAUUCUGGAUGCAGAGAAGGCCUUUGUUGCUCUCUCGCUCUUCAACAUCCUUCGCUUUCCUAUCAACAUGAUACCAUCCCUCAUCUCAAGCUUUGUGCAGGCCAGAGUCUCCCUACAACGAUUGGAGAAUUUCCUGAGCCAUGAUGAGCUGGAUCCCAACAAUGUAGACAGACAUGUGCUGACAGGUCCUCCUAUCACCAUUAAUGACGGCACAUUCAGUUGGGGUAAGGCAGAGGGCCCCAUCCUCAAAGAUAUUAGCUUCGCUGUUCCCGAUGGCUCUCUGGUGGCAGUGGUUGGUCAGGUUGGAGCAGGAAAGUCGUCGCUCCUGUCUGCCCUGUUGGGGGAGAUGGAAAAACAACAUGGAUAUGUCGCUGUCAGGGGAAGCACAGCGUAUGUUCCUCAGCAGGCGUGGAUCCAGAAUGCUACCCUGAGGGACAACAUCCUAUUUGACAAACGUCUGAACAUCUCCCAGUACAAGGAAGUCUUGGAGGCCUGUGCCUUGGGUCCAGACUUGGAGAUGCUGCCAGGUGGUGAUAUGACAGAGAUUGGAGAGAAGGGUAUCAACCUAAGUGGCGGACAGAAGCAGCGUGUCAGCCUGGCCCGUGCCGUGUACAGUGACUCCAACAUCUACUACUUGGACGACCCCCUGAGCGCUGUGGACGCACACGUUGGGAAACACAUUUUUGACCACGUCAUCGGACCUAAUGGUAUACUGAAGGGAAAGACCAGACUACUGGUGACCCACGGUAUCAGCUUCCUGCCCCAGUGUGACCAGAUCAUGGUCCUGGUGGACGGCAGGAUCUGGCUGCUGGGGACCUACACCGAGCUGAUGGAACAGAACGAGGCCUUCGCUGAGUUCAUCCGCAACUACGGCAACUUCGAGGACGAGGAGGGAAACGUGGAGGGGGAUCCUUCAGUAAUGUCCCUUCGAGAAGAAGACAUCGGUGUACUGGUGGAUGAUGACCCAUCUCUACCAGCACAGAAUGCAGAGGAGGAUACUUCAAUCACCCAGGCCAGAAGUAUUCUAUCCAGCAGCGAGCGAACAACGAGCGUGAGAAGUGACAUCUCAUUGUCAAACAAAGGCAGCCAGCGUAGCUUACAUCGCAGUCACGAGGGAUCGUCAGACGGCCACACAGGAAAGCUUGACGGCAUCGCAAAACCCAUCCCGCUGAAACGUGUCCUUUCCAACGAGCAGAAGAGUCAGCUGCCUCAGACGAAAGCGAACAAGGAAGGAAACAAGCUUAUACAGAAGGAGGUUGCAGAAACGGGCAGGGUGAAAGCCUCAGUGUUUGUCGAGUACCUAAAGUCUAUCGGCAUCACCCUGUCUGUCAUCAUCUGCCUGCUGUACUGCGCUCUUAACGCCGCUUCCAUCUACUCUAACAUAUGGCUGAGUGAGUGGAGCAACGAUCAACCCAUCAACGGUACCCAGGACAUUGCCAAGAGGGAUCUCCGACUAGGGGUGUACGGUGCUCUUGGAGUUGCGCAAGGUGUUUGUGUAGUGCUGGCCACUUUCUUGGCUGCUUAUGGCGGUGUCCGCUCCUCUCUACACCUCCACCACAAGAGUCUUCUGAAUAUACUGCGCUCACCUAUGCAGUUUUUCGACGUGACCCCUAUGGGACGAAUCAUGAACCGAUUCUCGCAGGACAUGAACACCGUGGACAAUGUCAUCCCUAUGGUCAUUCGAAUGUGGCUGACCUGUGUCUUUUUGGUCCUCAGCGCCCUCUUUGUGAUCAGCUUUUCCACCCCACUGUUCCUGGCAAUUAUUCUACCAAUUGCCCUGCCGUAUUAUUUCCUACUGCGUUUCUAUCUCGAAACGUCUCGUCAGCUGAAACGAAUGGAGUCCAUCAGUCGCUCGCCCAUCUACUCUCACUUCAGUGAGACCGUGCAGGGCACAAGCACCAUCCGUGCAUACGACCGCGGGCAGCAGUUCGUCUUCCAGAACCAAGUGAAGGUCGACCAGAACCAGAUGGCAUACUAUCCCAAGAUUGUCUCCAACAGGUGGCUGGCAGUGAGGCUUGAGUUUCUUGGGAGUUGCGUCGUUUUAUUUGCCGCCUUGUUUGCCGUCAUUGGACGAGAGACCCUGAGCCCUGGUAUUGUGGGCCUGUCAAUCACCUACGCCCUUCAGAUCACCCAGACUCUGAAUUAUUUGGUGCGUAUGACCAGUGAUCUGGAGACCAACAUUGUAGCUGUGGAGAGAAUCAAAGAAUAUGCUGAAACUCCAACUGAGGCCGAUUGGGUGGUGGAUGACAACAGACCACCAGAUAACUGGCCCAGCGAGGGCAAGGUCAACUUCAACUCUUACCAGACUCGCUAUCGGGAGGGGUUGGACCUGGUCAUCAAGGGCAUCGAUGUCACCAUCAAAGGGGGAGAGAAAAUUGGAAUCGUGGGUAGGACCGGUGCAGGGAAGUCGUCCCUGACACUCGGCAUCUUCCGCAUCAUCGAGGCCGCCGGUGGAGACAUCAAGAUUGACGGGGUCAACAUCUCCAAGAUCGGACUGCACGAUCUGCGCGGCCGGAUCACCAUCAUUCCUCAGGACCCAGUGCUGUUUUCAGGCACCCUGAGGAUGAACCUUGACCCCUUUGACAGCUGUUCUGACCAGGACAUCUGGGUGGCUCUGGAGCUGUCUCAUCUGAAGGACUUUGUGAUGGGGCUGGGGGCACAGCUAGAGCACGAGGUGUCUGAGGGAGGAGAGAACCUCAGUGUUGGUCAGAGACAGCUGGUGUGCCUGGCUCGUGCCUUGCUGAGGAAGUCCAAGAUCCUGGUUCUGGACGAGGCCACAGCUGCCGUGGAUCUGGAGACAGACGACCUGAUCCAGUCCACCAUCCGGACACAGUUCGCUGACUGCACUGUGCUGACCAUCGCACACAGGCUUAACACUAUCAUGGACAGCACAAGGGUGCUUGUUCUUGAUGCUGGGAGAAUUGCAGAGUUUGACUCCCCACAAGAUCUCAUCGCUUCGAGAGGUAUCUUCUACGGAAUGGCCAAAGAUGCAGGGUUGGCUUCAUAACGAGUGGUCUUGUAUUAGACCCAUAUUGUACCUCUUCACCGAAUAUUACUGUCUUACGUGAUUUGAUUGUAGAGAUGAAUAUAUGAGUUACAAUGCAUCCAUAUGCAUUCCUGGCUAUGUGUCAUACUAGGUACUUUUUACAUAGUACUCCGUGUAGACUUCUGUCAGACUUGGGUCCAUGUGCGCCCAGUGCUUUUGUAUUAGAUCCUAGUGUCCCAGUACAUGCACACAAUUCCACCACAAGUUGAUAACAUUUAGGUGCAAGUUUCAAAUGACAUGUAGUCUGUGAGCAGAUGUGAGAAAAAGAAAAUACAUUCAUUGUAUAAGACUUGGGUGUGUGUUGCCUUUGAGAAAAUAUAAAAUUAACAUUCAAUGUGAUCUUUUAAAUAUACAUCGUACUUACCUUAAUGACUAGCCAAAAAGUGAAUAGCAGUGCUGCUAUGAUUGAUCUUAGUUCGAUCAAGUGGGUAAAAAAACUUGCAGCAAAGUUAUGUGAGAACUGUGUUUUCUUUUACCUGGUAUUCAGAGUUUUGAUUUGUGGUGGUGGAAACGUGCCAAAGUGUGUUACGGCACAGAAUAUUUUUAAAAUUCUUUAACAUUAGAGUAUUUACAUGCAUUUAUUCAAUGAGGUUAGUAUCUUGAUAAUUAGGAAAAAGGCACAAUAAUAUCUUGUUUCACAUUUUGACUAUCAUGUACUAUUAUAUAAUUACUUCACUGCAGAGAAAUUUUCUUCACUACUUUGAUUCCUAUGGAUAGUGAUACUGGA